UUUGUACCCGUUAUUUACAAUCGACAUUUUCAUUUAUUUCGCAAAUCCAUAAACAAUCAGCUGAUCAAUUCUUGAAAAUUUCAUCUGCAAAUAAUAAAAGGGUGACCGGUCUUUAAAAUAUCCAUUUUACGUGCAAGAUGUCUAGUGUACCGAUGAUUGUUUUGAACAAUGGGAAUAAAAUGCCAAUGAUCGGUUUGGGGACAUGGAGAGCAGCUACCGGGGUAGUAACAGAGAUAGUAAAAGAAGCGAUCAACGUCGGGUACCGUCAUUUUGACUGUGCUCUAGUUUACGGAAAUGAAAAAGAGAUCGGUGAUGCCAUACGAGCUAAGAUAGAAGAAGGAGUUGUCAAACGCGAGGAUUUGUUCAUAACAUCAAAGCUGUGGAACACUUACCACAAAACUGAGUCCGUAGAAAAAGGAAUCAGAAAAAGUUUAACUAAUUUUGGACUAGAUUACUUGGACCUCUAUUUAAUCCACUGGCCCAUCGCUUAUCAGGAGACCGAUGAUUUGUUCCCAGUUAAUCCUGAUGGCACUCCAGCAGCUAUAGACACCGACUACCUCGACACCUGGAAGGGAAUGGAAGGCGUUUUCGAAAAGGGAUUGGCUAAAAAUAUCGGAGUCAGCAAUUUCAAUUCCGAGCAAAUCACUCGUUUGUUGGCUAACUGCAAAAUCAAGCCUGUCACCAAUCAAGUCGAAUGCCACCCGUACUUAACUCAACAAAAAUUGUCAGCAUUUUGCAAAGAACGCGACAUUGUCAUUACAGCUUAUGCUCCUCUGGGGUCUCGUGACCGUCCUUGGGCUAAGCCAGAGGAACCAAUCCUGCUGGAUAACCCUCAGCUGAUAGAAAUGGCCAAGAAGUACAACAAAACAACUGCGCAAAUCGUCAUCCGUUAUCAAAUUGACCGUGGGCAUAUCGUCAUCCCGAAAACGUCAACAAAAAACCGUCUAACGGAAAAUUUCAGCGUCUUUGAUUUCAAAUUAAGCGAGGAGGAUAUGGCGUUCAUAAACGGGAUGGAUGUAGGAGGAAGAUUCGUUGCUAUAAAAGAUCGAGCUGCGUGCCCAAAUUAUCCAUUUAAUAUUCCGUUCUGAGAUUAUUAAUCAUGAUUGACAUUGAGAUUUAUGAUUAUUCUUCCCCGUAUUCUCUGCAAAGUACUUUCGAAUAAAAAACCCCUUAUGCUUUUUUUUAUGUAUUUAAAUUUGUCAAUAUUCUUAUGUACUUCCCUUUUAAAAAUAAUUUCUCAUUCGAAUUAUAUUCAAUAAAAUAUUAUCAACAGUUUAAAAAA